UCGUCUUGAGCCCAAGCGAAGAGCUGCGGGUUCGGGACCAAGCCGUGUUCGCAUCCACAUCGCCGGCGAGCAGCGGGUUGCCGGAGACGGCGCGCGCGCACCCACCAUGGACGAGAAGGAGUUCCGGCGCAUGCUCGAGCUCUUCCCCGUCGUCCGGUCCCGCGACUACUGCGCUGAGCCUGGAACAUCAAGCAGAGGGACUAGACAGCAAUCACGAGUUCAGGAGGCAACAAAAGGCAAUAAAAAGGAUUCGUCUGGUGCAGAAGAUCUGUUUAUGCAGAAGUUGAAGAUGGCUGCUGAGAAAAAGAUUGGAGCAACAAAGGCAGAGUUCUUCUGCAAGGCAUUUGAAGAAGCUCAUGAGAAACUUGUUUACAAAGAGCUGAAUCUGGAUGCCGCUAAGAAGUUUUUAAGUGCGUAUGAGAGUUGAUGAUGCCAUGAUGAAACUAUAGACAGAUGCUGCUUAAAGAUCCGCAGGUGCCAAUGAUCCGAUGCGAUUGAUUGGAAGUAGUUGAUGCUGUUGAGUCUUUGGUCGUCUGGGACCUUGGAUACUUGAGCCUGACAUCUUUGCAGACAGGCGAUGUCGCUGAUUGGUUGGCUACAUUUUUUGUUGGCUUGUUUUACCCUGCAUUCCUACCAUUCAAAGAGGACAUAGCUCAAUUCAACUCAUGUGUUUGGAGUUGUCGAUUAACCUUGAAUUCCCCGAGAACGGGAGACUCGGCAUAUCAAAAUCCAUUCAUGCUUGAGCAUCGGUGAAA